CAGCGGAGUCUCAGCCCGGCGGUGAGCUUCUUCCUCCUUACCGAUGUUUGUUUUACAACGACACUCGUCCCAGUGGAGCUGACUCUACAUUUGCCGGAGGCUUUUUUUUAUGUUCAACCCGCGACCAGAGGGGUUGUUUGUCUAGUCCCAUUAUAGGUCCUUCCUUUUGGGAUCAAUAAUGGCCUUCAGCAAAGGUUACCGCAUUUACCACAAGCUGGACCCGCCUCCCUACAGUGUCAUCGUGGAGACACGAGGCCGGGAGGAAUGCCUCAUGUUUGAAUCUGGGGCCGUUGCUGUCCUGUCGGCAGCUGAGAAGGAGGCCAUUAAAAACACAUAUUCCAAGAUUGUUGAUGCCUAUGGAAUCUUGGGCGUGCUCCGCCUCAACCUGGGUGACUCCAUGCUCCACAGUCUGGUCGUGGUGACCGGCUGCAGCUCCGUGGGCAAGGUGCAGGAGUCAGAGGUGUUCCGGGUGACACAGACAGACUUCAUAUCGCUGAAGAAUGAUCCCGGGGACGAGGAGCGCAUCGCCGAGGUGCGCAAGGUGCUGAACUCAGGUCACUUCUACUUCGCCUGGUCUUCCACCGGUGUCAGCAUGGACCUGAGCCUCAACGCCCGACGGAGGAUCCUUGAGGACACCACGGACAACCGCUUCUUCUGGAACCAGUCCCUGCACCUGCACCUGAAGCACUACGGCGUCAACUGCGACGACUGGCUCCUGCGGCUGAUGUGCGGCGGCGUGGAGAUCAGGACCAUCUACGCCGGACACAAACAAGCCAAGGCCUGCAUCUUCUCACGCCUCAGCUCGGAGCGGGCUGGCACGCGCUUCAACGUGCGCGGAACCAACGACGACGGGCAGGUGGCCAACUUUGUGGAAACGGAACAGGCUAUUUUCCUGGAUGACAGCGUGUCGUCCUUCAUACAGAUUCGCGGAUCCAUUCCACUGUUUUGGGAGCAGCCGGGAAUCCAGGUCGGCUCUCACCGCGUCAAACUCUCCCGGGGAUUUGAGGCAAACGCGCCAGCCUUUGAGAGACACUUCACCGCCCUGCGGAGGUUGUAUGGGAAACAGGUGAUCAUCAACCUGCUUGGCAGUAAGGAAGGAGAGCACAUGCUCAGCAAAGCCUUUCAGAGUCACUUGAAGGCAUCGGAGCACGGUGCGUUCGUGAAGAUGGUCAACUUCGAUUAUCAUCAAAAUGUGAGGGGCGGCAAGGCGGACAAGCUGCACAGCGUGCUCAAACCUCAGCUCAGCAAAUUUGUUGACGAUUGUGGCUUCUUCUACUACUCAGGGGACAUGGGCAUCACCAGGAGCCAGGGUGGCACCAUCAGGACCAACUGCCUGGACUGUUUGGACAGGACCAACAGUGUCCAAGCCUUCUUUGCUCUGGAGAUGUUGCCCAGGCAGCUGGAAGAAAUGGGUCUGACUGAGAAGCCGCAGCUGGUGGCCCGCUUUCAGGAGGUGUUCAGAACCAUGUGGUCUGUCAACGGAGACUCGGUCAGCAAGAUCUACGCUGGCACUGGCGCCCUGGAUGGCAAGGCCAAGGCGGGAAAGCUCAAAGAUGGCGCUCGCUCUGUGACGAGGACGAUCCAGAACAACUUCUUUGACACCUCCAAACAGGAGGCAAUCGACAUCCUGAGGCUGGGCUCCACACUGAACAGCGACCUGGCUGACAAAGCUCGGGCCUUGCUCACCACUUCCAGUCUUUACGUCACUGAGCCCGUCUUGCAAUCAGCCUCCCCCAGGGUACUGCUGGGAAUGUGUCAGAACUUCCACAAGUACACGCGGCCCAAACAGAUCCGGGUGUGCGUCGGCACCUGGAACGUGAACGGCGGCAAACAGUUCCGCAGCAUCGCCUUCCGCAACCAGACUCUCAACGAUUGGCUGCUGGACGCGCCAAAGAUCGCAGGACACCCAGAAUUUCAAGAUAGUAAAGCUAACCCAGUUGACAUCUUUGCCAUCGGCUUUGAAGAAAUGGUUGAGCUGAACGCUGGAAAUAUUGUCAGUGCCAGCACCACCAACCAGAAGCUGUGGGCUGCUGAGCUACAGAAAAACAUCUCACGGGAUCACAAGUACGUGCUGCUGGCCUCCGAGCAGCUGGUGGGCGUGUGCUUGUUUGUUUUCAUCCGUCCGCAGCACGCGCCCUUCAUCAGGGACGUCGCAGUGGAUACGGUGAAAACGGGAAUGGGUGGGGCCACGGGCAACAAAGGGGGCGUGGCCAUCCGGCUGCUUUUCCACACCACCAGCAUCUGCUUCGUGUGCUCCCACUUCGCAGCGGGGCAGUCGCAGGUAAAGGAGAGGAAUGACGACUACAACGAGAUCACGCGCAGACUCAGCUUCCCCAUGGGUCGUUUGCUCUACUCGCAUGACUACGUCUUCUGGUGCGGAGACUUCAACUAUCGCAUCAACCUGCCCAACGAGGAAGUGAAAGAGCUGAUCAAACAACAGAACUGGGACACUCUAACUGCUGGUGACCAGCUCUUUGACCAGAAGAACGCUGGUUUGGUGUUUCGAGGAUUCAUUGAGGGCAAAUUGGACUUUGCCCCGACAUACAAGUACGACCUCUUCUCAGAGGACUACGACACCAGCGAGAAGUGCCGCACGCCAGCCUGGACUGACCGCAUCCUCUGGAAGAGGAGAAAGUGGAACUUUGACAAAACAGCAGAGGAAAUGAAUGUGGUCGGAGCAACGUCAACAUCAGCAGAGAGCGAGGAUGACCCAGAGCAUCCCUGGAGCCCUGGGAACCUGAAGUACUAUGGCAGGGCGGAGCUGAAGACCUCAGACCACAGGCCCGUGGUCGCCAUAAUGGAUGUGGAUAUUCUGGAGGUGGAUCCGGAGGCUCGGCACCAGGUCUACAAAGAUGUCAUCGCCCUGCAGGGUCCUCCAGACGGCACCAUCCUGGUGUCCCUGUGCUCCUCCGGCCCCGAUGACUACUUUGACGACCCGCUCAUUGACGAGCUGCUGGACAAGUUUGCUAAUUUUGGAGAAGUGAUCCUCAUCAGGUUUCUUGAGGAGAAGAUGUGGGUGACAUUCCUGGAGGGUUACUCUGCUCUUGCUGCUCUGUCGCUGAGCGCUUCAACUGUUCUUGGCAAGGUGAUUGACAUCCGCCUGAAGAGUCCCGGCUGGAUCAAGAGUCUGGAGGAGGAGAUGAGCGUGGAGAGGAUCUGCGGGAGCAUCCCGACGUCAGCCAGCUCCACCCUCCUGGCUGAGGACGCCGACAUGGGUGACGAUGACUACGACAUGGAGGGUGAUGUGGAUGAGGAGGUGGAGGCCAUCCUUCCUCAGCACCUCCAGCCAUCAAUGGGCUCUGGACCUGGAUCUUCUCCUCUCCCCUCCCCUCGCAGCAGUCCUUGUGCCUCGCCCACCCACGGGGAGCCCACAGUACCCAUCAGGCCUGGACGCGCCGCUCAACCAGUCAGACCAUCACACGGACCUCCCGUGGACUUCCAGCCUGGUGCUCCGACACCACAAAACCUGGAGCCCAAACGCCCACCACCUCCUCGGCCCAAUGCCCCCCCAGCAAGACCUGCGCCUCCCCAACGCCCACCACCACCUUCAGGAGGCAUGAGCCCUGUACCUGUUAGAAAGGACUCUGGAGGAUCAAAAAGCCCGGCGCUCCCUCGGCCCAGUGCCGCUGCAGGUCGAGGCCAGGUCGUCUCAGGACCUCCUGGACUAGCAGGCGCUGCGAGGCCGAAUCUUCCUCCUCGAGCCGGCGUGAUCAGCAUGCCCCCACAAUCUCGUCCUCCUCCUCCGUCCCACCCAGGCGCUCCCCGCCCCAUCCCAGAGGUGCACCCAGGAGCCCCAAGACCCAUCACUGACACCCACCCAGGAGCCCCGCGACCAGGGCCGGGUGGCCCCGCCAUCACACCUGAUCUUCCUUCAGGACCUGCUCCUACAGCGCCCCCUGCUGUGAGACCAUCUGCACCGGCACCAACACAACCACAGCCUGCUGCCCUGGUUCCGUCUCACCUGCCUCCCCCGAUGCAGCCCACGCCAGCUGUGGCUCCUCCCCCUACUGCUGGCGCCACCGCCGCCACCCCCUCUGGCCCUGCUCAGACUCUGGCCUCCCCAAAACCGCCACCACGUUCCCGCUCCCAUCACGCUCUGCCACCCGACGCCACCAAGGCCGACUCAGCCGCCCAGACAAACGGACUCAAUGGUGCCCAGUGGAAGCCCAACCCCUUUGACGCUUUUACAUCCGACUUCCUCCCCUCGUCAUCUUCUCCCUGGCAGACCACCCAAUCCCUGACCCGAGGCUCCUCGCUGAGGACUCCCCCCUCAGUUCCCACCUCCUUGACCCUGCCCCAUUCCUCCUCGUCCUCACUGGCCGCCACCCUGCUCCCGCCUCCUCCCUCUAUGCCUCGCAGUCGCUCCCAGGAGGCGCUACGGGCCUCACCGAACCCGUUUACAGCUGACCCGCUCCCAGCCCGACCUAGCAGCACCAACCCGUUCACCGGCUCGCUGACGCAGCAGCAGCAACAGCUUCAAGCUCACCAAUCGCUGGACUUCAUCACCCAGACGCCGCACCACCAGUGGUCGGCUCUUUCUGAGCCUCUCAUUCCCACCCCCGCAGCGGCCCCCAAGCCUCUCUCUAGAACCAUGUCCCUGUUUGGACCCUCACAAGCCCCUGCCCUGCCUCCGGCCCCUCCGUCGUCCCUCCCACCCAUGCUCCCGCCCCGCCGGCAGCCACCUCUCCAGAGGGGCAAACCAGCGCAGCAGUGGGUAACCUUCAACGAUGACUUCGACUUCCCUCUCCCCGCUAAAACCCCGCAAGCUUUGGUGAGCCAAACUCUGCCCCACAGCUCCACCCCUCUCACCGAGCUGGACUGGUUAACCCCGACCCCGGCCUCGACAUUCCCGACGCUCCCUCCUCCCAUCCCAUCACGGAAGCUCCCAGACGGGUCCAGUCAGAGCUGCCUCUUCCCCAGCGAGCUGACAGAAAGAUGACCUGA